AUGACCACCCGCGCGAUGUUUUCCAAGCGUAGCCACUCGUCCAAGGCCAUCGAGCUUCAGGUUCCGCCGGGAAUAUACCUGUCUGGAACCACCAUCACUGGGCAGGUCAACAUCAACCUCCGUCUUGUCCAUGAAGAGGACAUAGAUGCGGCCGAGGUCCGCUUAUAUGGCUACGCAAACACCUGUUACGACAGCAGGGUGCUCGUGCGCGAAACCACCACACUGUGGACGCGUGGAUCAAGCAUAUACCCUCUCCCAGGCUCUGAUAUUCUGUCCAUGCCCUUUUCGUUCACUCUUCCCGACAAGCUUCCACCCUCAUUUCAAGUUCAAGGGCUGGAGUACAGUGCCACUGUCCGAUACUCGCUCACUGCGGUCGGCUUGUCGCGCCAGGGCCUUCUCAACGUCAACAAGCAGCACUGCGUCCCGCUGACUGUCGUCCCGAAAGACGACUUCGGGACCUCUCUCAUUCAAGGUUGGGUCGCACAAGGAUGGCAGACCUUCUCCAAAGAGGAGCGCAUUCGCAAAGGCCUCUGGGGCGAAUAUUCUACCGUCUUUGUCCAGCUCGACCUCCCGAACCGCAUAUUGCCGCUCUCGUCAACGCUUCCAUACGUCAUCACUAUCACGACCACCUCUUCGCCGCUCACGCGCACCCAAGCUGCCACGCACCCGCCCGCGUUCCCGCUGAUGCCCACAUCUGCAGACGCGCUCCAUUUCACGCUCGGACGCCGUCUGGUCAUAUGCGCGCCGCACAACUCGACACGUUCGUACAAGGAAAUCGAGGCAUUCCUGGGACCGAAAGCAACCACAGCCGUCACUGGCAAGGCACGACCGCUUGUCAGGGGCAGCAUCGACAACGGCAAGUGGGUGCCCCACGACGGGCACAGCGUGAGCACAGAUGAGUCGGACCGGCGGAUGGGCGCGUGGGUGCAGCGCGUGGUGUUCGAGUCGACGUUCACCCUCGACUGCUCGCCGUCGUUCGCGCUGCCGGGUCUGAUCGAGUGCGCGUAUGAGUUCGUGGUUACUGUACCGUUCCCUGGGCUGAGGAACGAUGUCCGACUGGCGGUGCCAGUGACAGUUACUUCCGGCAUCUGGACGACGGGGUCGCAAGACGUGCCACCUCCUGGUGUUGCUACGUCGGAAGUUCUACCACUCGACAUCCCACCUGCGUACUGGGAUAUGAAUUACCCUGGAAGAUUGAACGAUGACGAGAAGUCUGGCAACUAA